AGCUCCAUGUAAACAAACAUACACUGGGCAUGCGUCACUGGGAUAAUGGAAGACUGUCUUUUUCCUCCCGCACUGAUGAUGUCUGUAUUUCUACUCUACUACCUGUAAUCUGAACUGAAAACAACUCGUCUACAUUUCAGCGUGUAGUUGAGGUCAAAGUAACAAAGCCAAGAUGACUACAGAUAUGCCAGCCCAAACCGUGAGCUCCAGGAUAAUGACGUUCACCCCCUCCAAAGAGGAGUUCAAGGACUUCAGUCGGUACAUUGCCUAUAUGGAGUCACAAGGAGCACACAAAGCUGGAAUGGCAAAAGUUAUUCCACCUAAUGGCUGGAAACCUAGACAGACAUACGAUGAUAUUGAUGACCUGGUAAUUCCUGCUCCUAUUCAGCAGGUCGUUACUGGCCAGUCAGGACUCUUUACACAGUACAACAUCCAGAAGAAGCCAAUGACUGUCCACGAGUUCCGCAAGACCUCCAAUUUGGAUAAAUUCUGCAAUCCCCGAUAUGUGGAUUUUGACGAGCUGGAGAGGAAGUUUUGGAAGAACCUGACCUUCAACCCACCUCUAUAUGGGGCUGAUGUCAGCGGAACACUGUAUGAUCCAGAUGUGACUGAAUGGAACAUCGGCCACCUCAACACCAUUCUGGACACUGUGGAGAACGAGAGCGGUAUCAAAAUCAAAGGAGUCAACACACCUUACCUCUACUUUGGGAUGUGGAAGAGUGCCUUCGCGUGGCACACAGAGGACAUGGAUCUGUACAGCAUCAACUACCUGCACUUUGGAGAGCCAAAGUCCUGGUACGUUGUCCCACCAGAGCAUGGGAAAAGACUGGAAAGACUUGCCAAGGGUUUCUUUCCAGGGAAUGCUCAGAGCUGUGAAGCCUUCCUGCGUCACAAGAUGACUUUAAUUUCACCGUUAAUCCUGAAAAAAUAUGGCAUACCAUUUGAGAAGGUCACUCAGGAGGCUGGGCAAUUCAUUGUGACAUUCCCAUUUGGUUAUCAUGCUGGUUUCAACCAUGGCUUCAACUGUGCUGAGUCGACCAACUUUGCCACCCAGCGAUGGAUUGAUUAUGGCAAACAGGCAACACUGUGUUCGUGCCGUCAGGACAUGGUGAAGAUCUCCAUGGAUGUGUUUGUGCGCAAAUUUCAGCCUGACCGUUAUAAGCUGUGGCAGGCAGGGAAGGACAACACCCCCAUCGACCACUCUAAACCCACACCAGAGGCUGCAGAGUUUCUGAAAGAAGACAAGAGUGAGCCUUCAAAAGAGACUCCCAUUGAAGUUGUAUCUGAGGAGCCAAUGUCCCCUGCCCAGGAGGACAAAAGCAGUCCAAAGCCUCAGACUGGGACAAAGCGUCAGCUUGAAGCCUCUGAAGACAUCAAACCUGAGGUGACCAUUAAGGAGACUGAGGAGGUGGAGCCAAAGAAGGCCAAGCUGUCACGUAAGGAGUCUCCAAGUCAAGUCCCUGUCAAGACAGAUAAAGACACAGUGAAAGUCAAGACAGAGCCCAAGAAGGAGAAAGACACUAAGCAGCAGACUAAAGCCCAGACCAAAGCCAGCACUAAGAAAACUGGCAGCCGACAGAGCACGCCAAAAAAAGAGAAAAACAGUGUUUCCGAUGUGUGUCCUCCCGAGCCUUUUGAGAGCCAGGUGGUGGCUCUGUGCUCUGAGGAGGCAGGUGGCAGUGAGGAGCCUCCGCUGGGCAGCAGCUGCAGCCCACCACACAAACUAUUUCAGAGGACGCUGAGCCCCACAGAUGUCCUGCAUGUUCACAGCUAUGCCAAAGGAGACUACGGAGAGGGAGAAGCCCCGCCCAAGGAGGAGAAGAAGAGUGAGGCCAGUGACAAUAAGACGGAGAGCAGACAUGUUAGCAAAGCACAGGUGGCAGAAGAGGUGGCUGGAGAUGGAGAGCCAGAGAGUGACCUAGGGCAGCUGCCAGGCCACCAUCCGCUCAUAAAGGAUGGCAUGAGUGAUGAAGAGGCCCCAGAGGAGGUCCACACAUUGGAGGAGGGUGGUCUGGAAGGGGAGAGCUGGGCUAAACCCCUGGCUCACCUGUGGCAGAGUAGACCUCCCAACCUGAAAAAAGAGAGGGAUUACAAUCAGCGCAUGGGAUCCAAAUCUCCAUAUUGCUCCAUCUGCAUCCUCUUCCACACAUACCGUCAGACUGAAUGUGGGAACAGUGUAGACGCUCCUGUCAUACUUAAUGGUGGACGGAUGCGGACCAAACCUCUUAUCCCAGAGAUGUGUUUCACCACCACCACGGAGGAGGACUCUGAGUGUGAGGAGCAGCCCGUCACCCCUCAUCUAGAGGAAGAUGGAACCAGCCUCCUCAUCAGCUGCUCUCAGUGCAGCAUCCGGGUUCACACCAGCUGUUAUGGUGUGGAUCCAGCCACUGUGAGCAACGAGUGGAAAUGUGCACGCUGCAAGGCCAACGCCAUGAAGGAGAAUUGCUGUUUGUGUUCACUGAGAGGUGGAGCCUUGCAGAAAGCCAACAAUAAUAAGUGGGUUCAUGUGCUGUGUGCAGUAGCUGUGCUGGAGGCACGCUUUGUCAACGUCACUGAAAGAAGUCCUGUGGAUUUAAGUGGAAUCCCUUUGCAGAGAUUUAAACUGAAAUGUUACUACUGUAAGAAGCGGAUGAAGAAGGCGUCUGGCUGCUGCGUGCAAUGCUCUCAUGGCCGCUGUCCCACUGCCUACCACCCCACCUGUGCCCAGGCUGCUGGAGUGCUCAUGCAGCCAGAUGAAUGGCCCUUUGUGGUCCAUGUUACCUGCUGUCGCCACAAAGGCCCAACUCAGAUUGAGCGCAAUAAAGCAGUCAUGCAUGAGCUGACUGUGGGACAGAAGGUGAUAUGCAAGCACAAGAAUGGCCGCUACUACCAGUGUGAUGUGGUGCAGCUGUCUAAAGAGACGUUUUACGAAGUCAACUUUGAUGAUGGCUCCUUCAGUGACAAUCUCUUUCCUGAAGACAUUGUGAGCCGAGACUGUGCUCAGUUCGGACCACCAGCCCAGGGUGAAGUGGUCCAGGUGCGAUGGACAGAUGGCCUGGUGUAUGGGGCCAAAUUUGUGGCAGCGCAUGCCAUCCACAUGUACCUGGUGGAAUUCGAGGAUGGGUCACAGCUAACAGCCAAGAGAGAUGAUGUCUACUCUCUGGAUGAAGAACUCCCCAAGAGAGUCAAAUCCAGACUGUCUAAAGCAUCAGACAUGAGAUUUGAUGGCAUCUUUGAAGAGAAAGAGAUUAUCCAGGAGUCGAAGAGACAGAGAGUGAUCAACUCACGUUACAGAGGAGACUACAUAGAGCCUGUGAUAUACAGAGCCAUCAUGGAGUAACCCUCACUCCCUGUCUGCUCACCCACACACCACCAGCACUGACAGACUGAACUGUGCUCACCGUACCUUAACAUUGCAGCUAGCCACUGAGAGAGUGUAGCUCCAGAUGACUUCCUUCAGGACCCGCUUUGGACUGUUAUUGAUUUCUUACUUCUCAUUCAUCCAUCUAUGUUAAUUCAACAAGAAUUAUUUUUGCUCUGUUUGACUGUGAUCAAAGAAACAGCAGUAUUUUUUCAUUUCAGUCUUUCAGUAGGCUGACAUCCAGUCCUGACAGUACAUAAAAGUAGGAAGCAAUACAAAAAUGGCAUUUGUUCAGUAAAGGAGCAUUUUGACAGUGAGGCACCCAUGAAAACGACAAUGUUGGUGUUAAACAUUAAUCCACAGUAAUGUUGAAUACAUUUAAAUUAACUCUGCCACACAAGUGUUUAAGGUUAGAGGGUAAUAUAUGCCUUUUCUGCUGCCAUUAGUGUCUAUGAUAUGGAGCCCCACAAGUUUCAGAGGUAAAGGUUUUGAUUUAUUUUAUUUAGAAUUUGUAAUUUACUAAAUUGCACCCUGGAAUAAGUCUUUCAAAAUUACCAGCUUUAUUAUAGUUAGUCCUUUAGUUCCUGUCCCCCCACAUUCUUUGAUUUAUGAAUUAAUUUGUGUGCCCAAAUUGUUAAUUUGAGGGUAUAAUUUCCUUAAACUUGUGCUGAAAUUAUCAAAAAUGGUUUUGGGCACAACUAAUUAUUAUUUUUAUUUUUAAUUAAUUGGCCAGUUUUUUUUAUCUACGAUAUUAUUUUGCCUAUGCAGUGUGAGAAAUGGAUGAAAAAUGCUCAUCGCAAUUUCCCUGACCUGAAAUGAACAUAUUUAUGUUGUGUAUUAUUAUUCAAUUUUUAUUUAGUUUCACAUUGGAGAAACUACAACCAGUAAAUAUUUGCUAUUUUUGCUUAAAAAAAUGACUGAAAUGAUUAAUUUUCUUUUGACUGACUAAUUGACUUUUUGACAUUUCAGGUCUAAAGAUGUUACCCCUCAUACCUGCCAUAUUCUGAAGAGGCUAGACUAGAGUUCCACCAUGCUACUUUGACUCAACACAACUUUAUUUAGGAAUGCGCACCAUUUGAGCAUGUAAAUUAGAAUAAUUAAGUCCUUAAAACUAGAUAUUGACAUAGGACCGCUUUCCAAGACAGGCCUACAAUAUUACAGAAUAUAUCAGGACCCUAACCGUGUAUACAUCAAUCAGCCAAAACAUUAACACCACAGGUGAUCAUCAUGUUACAAUGCAGUGUUCUGCUGGGAAACCUUGGGUCCUGGCAUACAUGUGGAUGCCACUUGAUGGUAAUGGCACUCUCUGAUGGAAGUGCUCCCCCAACAGAACAAUAUGCUGUGCCACACCAUAAAAAUUGUUCAGGAAUGGCCCGAGGAACAUGACAAAAAGCUCAAGAUGUUGACCUGGCCUCCAAAGUCCCCAGAUUCCAAUCUAUUCAAGCAUCCAUGGGACGUGCUGGUAAACCAUCUCACAAACCACAGGACUCAAAGGAUCCUCAACAAAUGCUCCGGAGCCAGACACCACACCAGGGCAACAGGUCAGGAGCAUUUCAAGUUACAUUUAACAUGUUACUUUUGGCUGAGUGGUGUAUUUCUUAAGUGCUGGAUUACUAUUAGCUUGCCAGGCUAAACUAGCCACACUCUGUCUCUUUUGCGGGUCCAUGUCAUUGGUUCGACAGACCAUUGGUUCGACAUCCCAUUAGUCCGACUGUCCGCGGUGCUGAAUGGCUCGCGGCGGGUGUAUGGUGCGCCGCGACCAGCUUGAGGUGGAGCAGGCUCAUGGCUUAUGUGUUUGUCACUUUCUUUUUCAUUUUAACCCACACCACGAUCUUUUCCUGACCCUAACCAAGUGUUUUUUGUGCCUAAACCUAACCGGACCUUAACCACAGGGCAUCAUGAUGAUUUUGGAACAGACUUUGGAACAAUGAGUUUAAUAUGGUUGGAACAAUGGGAUGUCGAACCAAUGGGCUGUCGAACCAAUGGGCAGUUCCCCUCUUUUGCUUUGUCUGCUCCCAAAUGACAUUGCAUAUCUACUUGCAACAAAUGGACAGAGAUGAUUUGCAUAGCAAGGAGUUUCUCAAUAAAUUGCAUUUGAUAUAACCAAGCCAACACAAGCCCUUACCUCAACAAAAAAGUCCUGUAUAUCAGAAAAAGGAACCAGAUGUGCAGAGCUCUACGCAAGGCCCAACAGUGAUCUCAUUAGUCAUCCGCUCCAUUUACUGGAUGAAAACCUCAUUGGCUUUACAAACCACACAAGUUAAAGAAUACACGUCAUUGAAGCGGGUAUUUUUCCUAACAUGAGUUGAUAUAGCCACAGUCUUUAGAAUCCAUCUACAUGAUUUAACAGGUGGAAAUCAGAAAAGAAAAUUGCACUGGUAUUAUCCUUUUAAUUAGCCCAUAAAGUUUGUAUCAAUUAAUUAUCUGAUAGCUUGGAAUAAUGCACAAGUACAUAUACAAGAAAAAAAAAACACCUCACAAUACGAAGCUACUUAGAGUUUUUCUAUACUAGUGCAGGAGCAGUAGCUGAGUUUCUGUACUGAUAACCAUAUAAAUACUUUUUUUGAUAUCUUUUACAAAUUGCAAACCUUUUAAAUUUUGAAAGAUUUUACACAAGUGUGCAUGGAAGAUAAAGAAGCCAAAGUUCUUACAUGCUGCCUAAAGACAAAUAGCUGUACAAGAACUUUGCCUUAAACUGGCUAAAAUUUCAGUAGUCUGCAACGACCUCAUCAAAGAGUAAGCAAACAUGAUUACAAGUUUGACCAGAUAUUAACAGCUUUUUGGUACUUGACAGCUUUCACUACUUGGUGCUACGAACACAUUUUGGCCUAUAUAAAAAACAAAGAAAGGAAAAAAAAAAACUUCUGAGUAUAGUUUGCAUUUUGAAGUGGGUAUCGGUAAUUGAGAGUUUAAAAAGAAAACAUUACCAAAUUUCAAUUACAUUUUUGAUGAGGAUUGGUUGAGCAUGGCAUUCAUUUGUAACCUUAGGAAGAGUAGUGCAACAAAAUAAUUUUAUCUCACAGGUUUCUCUCAAGAGCUUUCAUCUGGGCUUUCAACUGCAGUUUGAAGCUUUAAAAAAGCCAGAAGGUGGCCUUUGAAUUGAGAUUAUUUUGGUUUCAUAAUUUGUUAUUAAAAUAAGUUUGACCAACAAAUGAAUUGAGCAGACAAUACAUUCUAUGUUGUGAAAAUAAACUGGGGUUUAGCCAUAUUGAGCUAAAGAGAAGAUUGCUGCAAACUUUGUGUGAGCAGUUUAAAAGUUUUUACUGAACAGUUUUUCACGUUGUUUAAAAGAACCUCCCUACAACUUCAGUAUGUCAAGAACCUUCUCACACUUUGGCCUUCAGUCCUGAAGGGGAAAUUCAAGUUUUCACUCCAUUCUCACAUACAUAUACACAGAGUAGUAGUAGACACUUUUCAUCCCAGCAUUCCAACCAACAUGGUUGUAACAAAUGGAGACAAAAAUAAUAACACAUGGAUAAAGCAUUUCUUGAAAUGGGAGCAAUGCCAUUGAAAUGACUGAUGAUGCCUCUUCUUUAACUAGGAGCUGCAUUCCUUUACGUUUUAUUUAGUAGAAGUGAAUUUAGCUUUUACACAUUGACUUGUUUUUACCAGCCUAUUUAUUAAGGUGCUUUGAGAAAGUAACUUGUGCAUUACAGACAUGGGUCUGCAGUAAUACUGCAGAGGUUCAGGUUGAUGUAUGUUCCAUUUUUUUUCUAGAUGCAUUUUAAAGAACCCAUUCAGAUUUUUAAUGCGCUUUUGUCUAAGCAGUUGUUUCCUCACUCCUCUACUUAAAGUUGUGCGUUGCAAUUUUAUUUAAGUCCAGUUUGUGAGGACAUUUGAAUAGUUGUGUGCUGCCAUUGCUAAUUUGUUUUUUAAAAAAGUCUGUUUUUAGAAUGUUAAUUGUACGUUUAUAUAAUGUCUUAUGGAUUGUGCGGCCCUCUCUCUUAGCAAAGCCCAUUGAUCACAUUGCACUUGUUACUGGGACAUGGUGGCCUUCACAUGUCAUCACUUGCCUGUGAACUUGAUCCUGUUCCGGCAUUAGACUGCAGGAAGAGGAAUGCUAGUUUUCUAACUAGUCGUUGCCAAUUCAAAGCACCUGCCUCAGCCCAGUGGAGAAUGAAUUUAUUUUAUUCAUAACGUAUCAACAGAGUUGUACAUGGAGAGGGGGGAUUUUUCUAUUCUAUUUUAUUGCGUUGUUUUGUAAAAUAUAUUCUAUGUGUAUUUUCACAGAAACCUGUUAAGUGUAAAUGUCAUCUAGUCUAUUUUAAGAUGUUACUUGUUUACCCAGGAGAUGAGCUGUCUGUUGUUGCUGUCUCCUCCUGAAGAGAAAUAACUCAACUUCCAGAUUAUCAUUGAAGCAGUUUGUAAAAUUAAUUUGUUUCAGUAAAGAAUUUUCUUGA